AUGGAGGGCCAUUCCGAACAGUCGCAUCCUGUCUCGGAUUCCCAAGCCUAUACACAGACCUCCAGGCAACAAUCCAGCUCGAAUGGCGAGACCUACCACCAGAAUGUGGGCUCUGAAAAACCCGCCGAAGAAUUCCUCAGGACCGCCGAAUCUCCCAUCAAUCCAACUUUAACCGACAGCUCAACCAUCGGCUCGUCGGUAAGCGGUGAUGAUGGCCGCUGGGGAGAAGAGAAGGCCGGAAAGGCCGUCUCCCGCAGCGGCGCCAUGGAAGACAUGGAAGAGAUGCGCCGCGAACUCACCCGCCUCAGCCUGCACCGCACUCGCUCUGCCACUAAGAGCGUUCGUCGCCACAGGUCACAGGUAAGCCCUCGCGAUGAAGAAAAGGGCAUGGACGAAGAAACCACCGAGGACGAGGCUGACGACAGCUUCGAUCUGGGUGAGUUCCUGACCGGUGGUCAUCUGGAACGCCGCACAACCGCCGGCGGCCCCGCCAAGAAGGUCGGCGUCGUGUUCAAGAACCUCACUGUGCAGGGUGUGGAGACUGGUGCAUCCUUCGUGCGCACUCUCCCCCAGGCUGUGAUGGGUACCUUCGGUCCGGAUUUGUAUAAUCUCGUCUGCCAGUUCGUGCCGCAGCUGCGCUUCGGCAAACACCCUCCUGUUCGCGAUCUCAUCCAUGAUUUCAGCGGUGCUGUGCGCGAAGGUGAGAUUAUGCUUGUGCUGGGCCGUCCCGGUGCUGGUUGUACCACCUUCCUCAAGGCGAUUGCAAACGACCGUGGUGCUUUUGCUGGUGUCAAUGGCGAGGUCAGCUAUGGUGGUCUGUCAGCCGAGGACCAGAAUAAGCGCUUCCGUGGAGAAGUCAACUAUAACCCAGAAGACGAUCAGCACUUCCCCUCCCUCACUGUCUGGCAAACUCUCAAAUUCUCCCUGAUCAACAAGACUCGCAAGCAUGAUCGGGAAAGCAUCCCCAUUAUCAUCGAUGCCCUGCUGAAGAUGUUCGGUAUCACUCACACUCGGAAUACACUCGUUGGUAACGAGUAUGUCCGCGGUGUUUCUGGAGGUGAGCGCAAGCGUGUGAGUAUCGCGGAGACCUUGGCUACCAAGUCAUCGGUGGUCUGUUGGGAUAACUCGACUCGCGGUCUGGAUGCCAGCACCGCCCUAGACUAUGCCAAGUCCCUUCGCAUCAUGACCGAUGUCAGCAAGCGCACCACCUUCGUCACACUAUACCAAGCCGGAGAGAGCAUCUACGAGCUGAUGGAUAAGGUGAUGGUCAUUGACGAAGGCCGCAUGCUCUACCAAGCAGACUUCCUUACUUCGCUCUGCGACCCCAAUGCCCGCGAGUUCCAGCCCGGCCGUGAAGCCUCCACCCCGAAGACCGCCGAGGAACUUGAGAAAGUCUUCAAGAACAGCCAGACCUACAGCCGUAUCUUGGAGGAUGUCAGCAGCUACGAGAAACGUCUCCAUGACACCCAGCAGGAGGACACCCGCCGCUUCCAAUCCAUGGUCGCGCAGUCCAAGUCCAAGUCUGUCUCCAAGAAGUCGCCAUAUACCGUCUCGUUCAUGCGCCAGGUCAUGGCCUGCGUGCAGCGCGAGUUCUGGCUGCUCUGGGGCGACAAAACCUCCCUCUACACAAAGUACUUCAUCGUCAUCUCUAAUGCCCUCAUCGUUUCGUCCUUGUUCUACGGAGAAUCGCUGGAUACCAGCGGCGCUUUCUCGCGCGGCGGUGCUCUGUUCUUCUCGAUUCUGUUCCUUGGUUGGCUGCAACUGACUGAGCUGAUGCCUGCCGUCACCGGCCGUGGCAUCGUCGCUCGCCACAAGGAUUACGCUUUCUACCGCCCCUCUGCUGUCUCCAUUGCUCGUGUCGUCGUCGACUUCCCUGCCAUCUUCUGCAUGGUCGUCCCGUUCACGCUUAUCAUGUACUUCAUGUGUGGUCUCGAUACCACGGCCUCCAAGUUCUUCAUCUACUUCCUGUUCGUGUACACGACCACCUUCUGCGUCACCUCGCUCUACCGCAUGUUCGCUGCGUUGUCGCCGACUAUCGAUGACGCGGUGCGUUUCAGUGGUAUUGCGCUGAACCUGCUCAUUCUGUAUGUCGGUUAUGUUAUCCCCAAGCAGACUCUUAUCUCGGACUCUAUCUGGUUCGGAUGGCUGUUCUAUGUCAACCCAAUCGCGUACAGUUACGAGGCGGUCUUGACAAAUGAGUUCGCCGGCCGUCUUAUGGAAUGCAGUCCAUCUCAGCUUAUCCCACAGGGUCCCGGGACGGAUCCCAAGUACCAGGGCUGUGCUCUGACUGGGUCCACAUUGGGCGAAACAUCUGUUCCAGGAGCACAGUACUUGACUGCCAACUUCCAAUUCACUCGCAGCCAUCUCUGGCGUAACUUUGGCGUUGUCAUUGCUUUCACUAUUCUAUAUAUCCUUGUGACUGUCAUCGCUGCUGAGACUCUCUCGUUUGUUGGCGGUGGCGGUGGUGCUCUGGUCUUCAAAAAGUCCAAGCGCGCUAAGAAGGUCACUGCCCAGACCAACAAUGCUGACGAUGAAGAGAAGGUCGCCAAUGCAAACGACAAUGCCGCUCUUGCCCGUGGCCAGGCCUCUUCCGAUGCCGAUGCGACUUUCAACCGCCUGUCCUCGAGUGAGCGCUGCUUCACCUGGCAAAAUGUUGAAUACACUGUUCCCUACGGCAAUGGAACACGCAAGCUCCUCAACAAUGUUAACGGCUACGCCAAGCCCGGCGUCAUGAUCGCUCUGAUGGGUGCCUCUGGUGCUGGAAAGACGACCUUACUCAAUACUUUGGCCCAGCGCCAGAAGAUGGGUGUCGUGACUGGCGAUAUGCUCGUCGAUGGCCACAAGCUAGGUCCUGAUUUCCAGCGUGGCACAGGUUUCUGUGAGCAAAUGGAUCUGCACGACAAUACUUCCACCAUCCGUGAAGCCUUCGAGUUCUCAGCCAUCCUCCGCCAGCCCCGCGAUGUCCCUCGCCAGGAGAAAAUUGACUACGUGGACCGUAUUAUCGAUCUUCUCGAGCUUGAGGAUAUCCAGGAUGCCAUCAUCGGCUCUCUCAACGUCGAGCAGAAGAAGCGUGUCACUAUCGGCGUUGAGCUUGCAGCCAAGCCCAGUCUACUUCUGUUCCUAGACGAGCCCACCUCCGGUCUCGACAGCCAGGCCGCGUUCUCCAUCGUCCGCUUCCUCAAGAAACUCUCCCAAGCCGGCCAGGCCAUCGUCUGCACAAUCCACCAGCCCUCCUCCAUGAUCAUCCAGCAAUUCGACAUGAUCCUCGCCCUCAACCCCGGCGGCAACACCUUCUACUUCGGUCCUGUCGGCAAAGAAGGCUCCUCGGUAGUCAAGUACUUCGGUGACCGCGGCUUCGUCUGCCCACCAUCAAAGAACGUCGCCGAGUUCAUCCUGGAAACAGCCGCCAAAGCAACCCACCGAAACGGCAAACUAAUUGACUGGAACGAAGAAUGGCGCAACUCGGACGAAAACCGCAAAAUGCUCGCUGAGAUCGACCUCAUCCGCUCAGACCGCAGCAAACUCCCUAUCGAGGAAUCUGGCUCCGCCCAACACGAAUUCGCAGCAACAACAUCAACCCAAACCUUCCAGUUAACGAAACGUCUCUUCACAAACUACUGGCGCGACCCUUCCUACUACUACGGCAAACUCUUCGUCUCGGUCAUCAUCGGCAUCUUCAACGGAUUUACCUUCUACAUGCUCUCAAACACUGUAGCCUCGAUGCAAGACCGCAUGUUCUCCGUCUUCCUAAUCAUCCUCAUCCCCCCCCAUCCUCGCGAAUACCCAUCCCGCAUCUACGGCUGGGUCGCCUUCUGCACUGCAAACGUCGUCUGCGAGAUCCCAGCAGCCAUCGUCUCAGGCUUGAUCUACUGGCUGCUAUGGUACUACCCCGUCGGCUUCCCAACAGACUCCGGAAACGCAGGAUACGUCUUCCUCAUGACGAUCCUCUUCUUCCUCUUCCAGGCCUCAUGGGGUCAAUGGGUCUGCGCCUUCGCACCUUCUUUCACUGUCAUCUCAAACGUCCUCCCUUUCUUCUUCGUCAUGGUCAACCUCUUCAACGGUAUCGUCCGCCCCUACGCGGAUUACCCCGUCUUCUGGAAAUACUGGAUGUACUACGUCAACCCUGUGACCUGGUGGCUGCGCGGUGUUCUCUCGGCUGUUUUGCCAGAGGUCAAGAUUGAAUGUACCUCACUUGAAGCUACACAUUUCAACCCCCCGCCUGGCAAAACCUGCGACGCUUAUGCAGGUGACUUUGUCAACUCUGCUAAGGUCGGUUACCUGGUUAACCCCCAGGCUACCGCGGACUGCCAGUACUGCCCCUUCACGGAUGGUGCGCAGUAUAUGUCGAAUUUGAAUGUUCAGGUUGAUGAUAAGUGGAAAUGCUUUGGUAUUUUCCUAGCUUUUGUUAUUAUUAACUGGGCUUUGGUUUAUUUCUUCAUCUACACGGUUCGUGUGAGAGGUUGGAGCUUUGGUCUUGCUUCAGUAUUUGGUGCAGGUGGAAUGAUGAUCGAUCGUGUGAAGGGGUUGUUCAAGGGGAAGAAGAGUGAUGAAGCUUAG